GUACUGUUGCAGUAUGUAUGACAAGCUCAAACAAUUUAAAUUUUGAAUUUGGAAUCAUGAAGACCAAAACUUCUGACGCGUCAUCAAUUCCCGCCGAAUACCAAAAAUUAAUCCUAAAGUUGGUACCGAAAUACUGAAACUCAUCAUCCUCAAAACGCAGAAGCAACAGAAAGAGAGACAGAGAAAAACGAUGGAUCUAAAACAAGCAGGUUCUUCACUUGAUUCUCUCAUAUCCUCCUUCAAUACACGAAUCCUCGAGCUUCAAGAAUUAGUCAUUGGUCGCAACAUGUAUGCUGCUACUAGUAUAUCAGAUCUAACUGCAGUUGAUACGGCAGUUAAAGCUAUGGAAUUUCAGAUGGAAGCUAUCAAAAAUCGAUUGAGAGAAGAAGCUCAAGCAAUUCCUAAAGCUAAAAAGCUGAUUGAUAUGUCUCUGCGCCAACAAAAGAAAUUAGAGCAUAUGUUUGCUCAUAUGCCCUCAAAAUUAUCCCAAAAUCUCAUGAUUCCAACUUCGAAUCUUAAUAGCCAAAUGCAAGACACGUCUUCUUACAACCUUCCCAUUGGGGGUUUGAAACUUGAGGAGGAUCAGCCUGCUGCUGUACAGCCUAAGGAGAAAAAGGGCCGCGGCUCUGCACCACUAUGGUAUGUCACUGCUGAGGAGCUUGACUCAUUAUCAGCUUAUAUGAAGGGGAGACUCACUCUGGACAAAGUGAAUGCAGCUAUUAAUGACAUGGCUGCCUAUGCAGAGACAAAUGCUCAACUUAUAUCAGCUCCAAAGAAGAAGCUAGCGGAGAAUACGUGGGAAAAGGCUCUUGAACUAAGAGAUAUUGCAAUGACAGAAGCUGUAAAAGGAAAAUUCUUCUUCGUGGAGUUAGACAUAAAAGGACCUUCUCUGAAGCUUGACAAUACUGGAAAAUCGAUUUUAACUGUUCUUCGUCAUCUUGGUCGCAUUAACGAGACUAGAAUUGGGCAUCAUCGUGUUAUCAUCUUAUCUAAGCCCCAGUGAUUUGCAGCAUUCUAACUUUUCACUGUAAGAACUCGUACAAUCUUGUUUUCCAAGAGAAUGGUUUGAUCUUAUUAUUGCAGGAUGUGUGCUUUCCGUUUUAUGCACACACAAAUUUGUUCAGUUUGUCUCCCUGAAAGGAAUAUAAGUAUUACAUAUAGAUGUGAAACUCUUUCUAUUCAUUAUGUGGACUCUGGGACUCUAGGAGUCUUCCACAAGAGAUCGGAUAGGUCCUCCUGCACUAUUGUUAGACAUUGUAAGUUAUACUAAAGCAAAUUGACAAGAACAAUA